UAUGAAAAAGAGCGAAGUCGCGGCCACGCAUUCGUCCAAUCCGCAGCGCGCAUAUACGAGCGCAGGUAGAAAAAACCUGUCAGGUGGAACGACUCUCUCCUUGGAACACCCUACCAGCACAGGUGAACCAAACUGGCUUUAGCAGUGAUCAACAACAUGGCAGACGAAUGCUGUACAGUGGCCAGCAGGUCGAUUCGUUGACUUUACGACGCGAGUAAAGCAUCCGAGUCGCGACUUGGAGGCCUUUUUCGCUCGCCCCCCGUCCACCUCAGGUUAGCCAGCGAUGGAGGAGGUGGCCGGGCUGGCCGAUGAGCGCGAGGAGAGCGUAACAAAGAAGCAGGCUGAAGUCUUGGUGCGGUCCUUGAAGGCCCUCAAAGUGGGCCUCGGCCGAUUUUGGCGAAGACAAUCAGUCACCAUCACCGAUUAUGACCCUAACUACAGAGUAGCCUACCUCGGGAAUGUGCUCACCGGAUGGGCAAAAGGGGAAGGCUGCACAGAGAAGCCUGUGGGCACCCUUUGGCGCAACUACUGCAGUAGCAGCCGGUCAGACGUGUCAAUGACGCUGACAAUCGGCGCCUCAGGGUUGCGCGCGGUGACCAAGGAGCACGGACUCACCGAGUACUGGAGCCACCGAGUUACCUACUGCGCCGCGCCGCCUUCCUUCCCUAGGGUCUUCUGCUGGGUCUACCGCCACGAGGGCCGAAGACUAAAGCAGGAACUCCGAUGCCACGCGGUUCUCUGCUCAAAAGCCAGUGUGGCUAGGACGGUGGCUGCUCAAUUGCAGGCGCGAUUGGCGGAAGCACUGAGAGAGUUCAGGCGAGACAAGCUGUGUCGACAACAGGCUAGGCUGUCCCUUGCCAAUGCUGUCUAUGCCCAACCAUCCUUGCCGAAAAGGCGAAUCAUGCUCAGCACUGGCGCCUCAAACUACCGACCUCCCCUGGAGAGAUCAAAAUCUGCGCCAAAACUUGGUCCCAUUGAUGAAAUCUGUGAAGAGGAGUUCCUCCCAAUAAUGGAAGAGGCCGAGGAAGAGGAGGGCAGUUUGAGCAGCGAGUCUGGCGUGGUGGUGGCACCCGCAGCGGGGGAAGACGUGAUGCUCUGCGGCUGUCCACAGGGCGGCUGCCUCUGUUGCGAGGAAGGACCUGAUUCCGACGAGAGUGGCUAUGACGAGGCUGACUUCAACUCCAAGCCGCUCGCGUCCAAGGAUGGCGAAUACGAGGAGGAAGAAGUGGACACCUCCACGCACACGCUUUGUGAGACGAGGCCCUUGUUCAGGACGGGUGAGUCGCCGCCAAAGUUGUGCAAGCCGAAGAGGCGGAGUGCGGACAAAACAUUGGAGGAACAAACCUCGAGCCUCAUCGACGAGGCGAUGAGCCAGUUGCACAUGUUGUCAGGUGCCACUAUUGACACUUCGUAUGUGCAGGUUUAGCAAACUCGCCAGUGGUCGAGCGAAUAAUCAAAGUCAUUGAGAUGUUUAGUUGAGACGAUACUCGAAUCAUUAAUUAAUGCAUUUACCUGUUGGGCUGACCACACUUUCAGCUUUUUAUUCGAAUCUCCGAUUUGUACUGAUCUGGAUGGUGGCGGUGGUUGCGCAAAUGGAUUGUGUCCCCCAAUUUCUUGUGAAAAUGGAUUGACACAAAUGGAAGUUGUCAAUGCCUAAUGAACAUGACUUAUUAAGAAUAUAACUCCAUAGGUAUUAAAUAAGAAUUGUACUGAUCGGGCAAGUAAUUUUUUACUGGUGCAUUCUUAUACAGAUUGAACAGCUUCAUUCUUUUGCAGAUUUUGUUAGUUCUUUUGUAGUCAUUUUCCGUCUUACUUGACAAGUUUCAUUUGAACAGUACAUCCAUUCUGACUGAUUUGAAAAAUCGUUUAUUUAAAAAUUGAAGCAAAACUUUACCUUGUCUAUUUUAAUUUUCCCGAGAAAGUACAAAGGCUUUGUUCUUCCUCUUUUAAACCCUAUACAUUUGUACUGAGAGUGCUGUCCCGACUGAAACUUUGCCAUCAGAGCUCAACUAAAUAAGUGGUGUGAUUGCGUGCGUGUGUCAGCUGGUGUGCUGUAUGAAGAGGCCAUCCUCUGCUUUUGACCUAGUCGACUAACUUAACAAGAGCUAGCAUGAAGUUUCCUAGAAGCAUCCCUUAGUUAAAUAUAAAAUCAAAGCUGAAAGCACACAACACACUAUAGUUAACUACAUUCCGUCAAAUACCUAUUUUGUCGCAAAAUAUACCUCCAACCAAAACCAUGUUGAUCGACAUUCCAAGGUCACAAAAGAGUUGCUCUUGUUCUGUUAUUUCUUCUUGCAUGUAAAGUAUUAGCGUGAGCUGUUUCUUUUAUCUCUAGGCUCCCCCAUGUGUCAUUAUUUGUCAAAUUUCGCCGCGAUUCUAAAUAGAAUAUCAGUGAAAUUUAGCUUCUUCUGACACAUUGGGUCAAUGUUUUGUGCGCAUAAAAUUUUUAUUAUUCUUGGAAAGAGAUCUGUGAAUAUUUGAUUCUGACCUGGCAGUAUUGUGUGAGAGAAAUACUUGAAACGAUCGAAGUGCUAGUUGAGAUCUGUUAUUUAUCUGUGUAAAAUUUAAUUUUAUAUGUGUUAUCAUUUUAGGUGUCAUAUUUGUAUGGAUAUAAAUCACAGACCAAGAGAAAGUGAAUCAUGAUCUGAUAUUUGACUCUGAUAUUGUAUACUAUGUUACGUAGCUACUUGAGCAUCUGUUAAGGAAAUAUUAUACGAAUUCAAUUAUUAAGUAUGAUACAAUAAAAAAUUGAAUAUCUGAA